AUGGCGGCAUCGCAUCCCACCCUCAUCAACCUCCCUCCCGCCACCUCCAAUCCAGACACCCCGUCUGAGAUGCCUGGCACCCCCACGAGCACGACAACCUCGCUGUCUGCCCUCUCUACCACCGCUAUUAAAGAUGGUCACCGAGGUCACCUCCCCCAGGGUCCCACCGGCCGUGGCCACGCCCACCACCCCUCCACCACGAGCCUCGAAGCCGAGCGCGCCGACCGCAUCUCCCGCCUCGCCGGCCUCGAGCGAGUUUCCACCCUCCGCGCACCCCCCCAAACCCAGAACCACGCCGCCUCCUCCCUAUCCCCCCAGACGACGCCCACCUCCACCGGCUUUCCUCCUAAUUACCCGCCCGCCACGCACCUCCAGGCAGCUUACUUCGAUGCCCACGGUACCCCAACCGCACACACCAAGAUGAGCACCGUCGGCACCGCCAGCGCCACCGAGAGCUAUGUCGGCGACGACAACGAGACCCGCACCGCCCCUGGCGAGCAGGACGAAGACAUGCUCAGCAUGGACACCAACUACCGCGAGGCCGAUUCCGUUACUAGCAUGGGCGCCGAGCCGGAGCAGAUGGACGAGGACAUGACCAACCGCUCCACCGGCGGAUACGACGACCGCAUGAGCGACGACGGCUCCGCCAGUCUCGUCGGAUUCGGCGAGGGCGCCAACAGCACGGUAUCCGGCCCCAUCUAUCAGCGCCGCCCCCUUCCCGGAGCCCAAUGGGGUCUCGAGAGGAGCGCGUCUGGUCUCAGCGACGGCAUCCCGACGCAGCGAGCGAGAGAUGUGACCAUGGGCGGCGACACCCCUGUAAGCGCCGCCGCCAUGCAGGAGCGACGGGAGGCGAGGAUGAUGGACGGCAUGACCAAUGACGGCGCCGGCGUUCCCGAUGAAGAAAUGUUUGUCGACACCACCAAUAAGCCCCCCGUCUCCGUCUCACACCUCCCAGGUCAAACACCGCGCGCAAAUCCUAGCACGACACCGACGGCCCGAGACACCGCAGAGCGCGUCAUCCGAGAACGGCUUGACGGGGGUGAGGGCAGGGUCGGCAACGUCGCGAUGGGGAGCCCGCAGGGCGGAGAGAAGCUGGGCAAGUUUUACUUUGAGGAGAGGAAAUGA